CAUUGAAGGAAAAAAGUGAAAAGACUGGCUGGCUGGCGGUAUUAUGAAACUACACAGUUUUACAGAAUUCUAGUCACUUGUUAAUGAAUAUAUUUAUAUCUAAAUUGGAAACAAGUGCUACCACAAACAUACACAUGAGUUAGUGCACACCGUUAGAAUGAAAAAAUAAAAUGAAAUAAAAAAAGAAACAAAUACAAUCUUGUGAACGUGACGGGUGUCUUAUACGUUUGGUUUGGUCGAGUCGUCAAAACAAAAACAAACCACGAGGCUACAAUGUAUGUUGCCCAAAAUAUGUCUCAAAAUAUAAGUACGUGUUUAAUAGCAUUGUUCCAUCCAUCCAUCCCAAAAACAAAUCUCAGGGUAUAACCAACAAGGCUGGUUGGUGGUGGUCGGCACGCAUACAAAAACAGAAGGGCGUUAACCACAGGAACAGUAAAAACAGCAAAACAGGAAAGGCCUAAAAAUGUCCACAACAUCCAAUGAACAGCCGCCGCCACAACAACACACACAUCCCACAGUUCAAAGUCACACGAUUUUGACGCAGCUGAAACAGGCUUCAGCGGGUGCAGCCUCAGGAUUUUUUACUCGUACCAUUACCCAGCCAUUUGAUGUCUUGAAAAUUCGUUUCCAAUUACAACUGGAACCGGUUAGUGAAGAUCAUCCCUCGAAAUAUCGUUCCCUGGCCCAGGCCAGUAAACUGAUUUACAAAGAGGAGGGUCUAUUGGCCUUCUGGAAGGGUCACAAUGCCGGACAAAUGCUCACCAUGCUCUAUACGAUAUUUCAGUUUUGGUCCUACGAACAAAUCGAUUUGAAGUUACGCCAGUACGAGUAUUUGGAACAGAAUAAGAAUACCAGGCAUUUUAUUAGUGGCGGUGUGGCUGGUUGUGUGGGCACAACCGUUUCCAUGCCAUUUGAUGUGGUGCGCACCCGAGUGGUGGGCCAGGACCCAAAUCGCAAAAGCAGUGUGAUACACAUAAUUCCAAAUAUCAUCCGAACUGAGGGUUUCUAUGGCCUGUUUCGUGGACUCGGCACGACGUUGAUUCAAAUCGGUCCACUGAUUGGUUUCAAUUUUGCCUUCUAUCACAAGACCAAUGAUCUGUUUAUGAGCAUGGCCGAACCACCGAAUCAUCAUUUGCCUGUGGUGGUGCAUUUGUUUACUGGCGGUGUGGCUGGUGUGGUGUCCAAGGCCAUUGUCUAUCCGCUGGAUUUCAUAAAGAAACGACUGCAACUGCAGGGAUUCCAGAAUGCUCGACGUACCUUUGGCCGUAAUCAAGUGUGUUUCGGUAUUGGCGAAUGUAUACGAUUGACCUAUCGGGAGGAAGGCAUUAUGGGCUUUUACAAAGGCAUGAAUCCCACACUCAUCAAAUCGGGUCUCACAACGGCACUGUACUUUAGUUUAUAUGAUAUUUUCAAGGCAACCUUUGUACCCGAACUGGAAACUGACGACUCAUAGAUGUAGAACUUUGUACGUUAACGUAAUUAAGUUAAAUUAUUUCCUAAAUAUAACUAAACUAUGACGAAAAGGUGAGAAAAGAAAAAAAAAAAGAAAAUAUUUAAGAAAAAAAAAAACUAGAACAAAUAUGCUACUCAGAUGCUUGAAAUGUAACUCUAAGACAAAUACAAUAAAUAACCCGAAAAAUCUCCCGAUAUAUAAA